UUUAAGGAAGUCAAAUGUUGUGUCUCCACUGCUUCUGUCCGGAAAUAUUAAAUUAAAUGAGCUGCUUGACUAUUUCAACUGCAUAUAUAUCACGUGUGAGUAAUUCAAAUAUAAAAAUAGUUUUGAACAUCUGAUCGCAGUAAUAAGGGACAAGCCGAGCCGCCAAUCAUUUGUCCAACAUGGCCAGCAGUAGUCCGGUACCGAGUGUCCAAAAUGUGGUUGCAGAAGCUCGACGUGCGUUCCAGGCGAACUUUGGGGGACAGGAUCCGGAGGUUGCCGUGUGUGCACCUGGACGAGUCAAUUUAAUUGGAGAGCACACCGAUUACAAUGAAGGAUUUGUUCUCCCAAUGGCACUGCCUCUUGUGACAGUUAUGGUGGGCAGUCGGACCGCUGACCAAAAUGUUUCCAUUGUAACUACAACUGAGGCUGUGGAUGAGCCAAGGAGGGUAGACUUUGUUCUGCCAAAAGACAACCAGCCUCUGUCUCCUGGGCAGCCAAGCUGGGCUAAUUACAUAAAAGGAGUUUUACAGCACUACAGGGCACAGCCGUUGCCUGGAUUCAGAGCAGUAGUGGCAAGUAGUGUGCCACUGGGAGGUGGGUUGUCCAGUUCAGCCUCUUUGGAAGUGGCAGUUUAUACAUUCCUUCAGCAGCUGUGCCCAGAUGACGGGGACAAGUUGGCGAAGGCUCUGGCAUGCCAGCAGGCAGAACAUACCCAUGCAGGAGUGCCUUGUGGCAUCAUGGAUCAGUUUGUGUCUGUCCUGGGAUCAGAGGGCCAUGCCUUGCUGAUCGAUUGCAGGUCUUUAGAGGCCACGUUAGUUCCUCUUGCAGACCCAAACCUGGUCAUCCUAAUUACCAACUCCAAUGUACGGCACUCUCUGACAGGCAGUGAGUAUCCAAGUCGACGGAGGCAAUGCGAAGAGGCAGCAGCUACUUUAGGCAGGAGCAGCUUGAGGGAGGCCUCUUUGCAGGACUUGGAGGAUGCCAAGGGGAACUUGGACAGCGUGACUUUCCAGCGAGCACGUCAUGUGAUUGAAGAGAUUAAGCGCACUGCAGAAGCCGCAGAAGCAUUGAAACAAGGGGCAUACCAAGAGUUUGGAAAACUCAUGGUUGAGAGUCAUAACUCACUCAGGGACCAUUAUGAAGUGAGCUGCAAGGAGCUGGACCAGCUUGUUACUGCAGCCAUGGGUGUGGAGGGGGUUUAUGGCAGCCGCAUGACCGGGGGAGGGUUCGGUGGGUGUACUGUUACACUUUUGGAGGCUGGUGCUGUCGACAAGACAAUUCAGCACAUCAAGGAACAUUACCAUGGUUCCCCCACCUUCUACAUCACUCAACCAUCAGACGGGGCACGAGUCUUAAGCAUAUGAGAUGCCAAUGCAGAUUCAUAUUUCAUAUGGUACACAGUUAACUGAUUAUAUUAAAAUGACUUCACAUUCGAACAGCAAUAAAUCAAAUCAAGUGUAUACAACUGUUUAUUUAAAAAAUAAUCAAAACCGUGUGCCCAGUGCAUUCAUCUUCUGAUAUGAGGUAGUGAUUGUUUUGUUUUUUGUUUUUUUGUGGUUGUUUUGUUUUUUGCUUUCAAUUCUUUAAUUUCAGUUGAUGAAGACACAUGGAAUAUUGUGCCAUUAAUAUUUUUUUGUAUUAUUCUUAUUUGCUGAUUAACUAGCUUUCCCACAAAACAACAGGUACACGCAUGGCAUUACAUUAACAAAAUAAAUUAAAAAAAUCGUAUUUUUACAUAUCUAAA